AUGAAAGAUUUUGAAAAACAGGUGGACUACGAUGAUGUCCUCUCGCGCCACACCGCCGAGUACAACUUGUCGGUGUCGAUGUCCAAUCCUCAGUUGCAUGCUCAGGUUGAAGAGGGCCAGGAAUUGAAGAAAGCCUUGGAGGCCAGACAUUUGUCUAUGAUUGCAAUUGGUGGUGCCUUGGGUACUGGUUUGUUGAUUGGUACCGGUUCGGCUUUGAGAACCGCUGGUCCAGGUGCUGUCUUCAUUACUUACUCGCUCAUUGGUUUCGUCGUUUUUAUGGUUUUGUCUGGCUUAGGUGAAGUUGCUACUUUUAUUCCUUUGGCUGAUGGUUUUGCUGGUUACUGUACUAGAUACGUUGACGAGGCCCUUGGUUUCGCUUGUGGCUGGGUUUAUUUGAUGAAGUACUUGUUGAUUCCUGCAAACCAGUUGGUUGCUGGUUCGCUUGUGAUGAGUUUCUGGGUUUCAAAGGAUACCGUUAACCCCGGUGUUUGGAUUGCAGUGUUUUUGAUAAUUAUCAUCGUUAUUAAUGUUCUCGGUGUCCGUUUCUUUGGUGAAAUCGAGUUUUGGUUAUCUUGUCUCAAAGUGUUGACCUGUUUGGGUCUCAUCAUCUUGUUGUUGGUCAUUGCCUUGGGUGGUGGUCCAACAAAGGAGAGACUUGGCUUCCGUUACUGGAGAGACCCUGGUGCAUUCAAGGCAUACUCCGAGAAGAGAAGCUCUACUUACACAUUGAAGGUUGAAGGUGGUCUUGGCCGUUUUGUUUCCUUCUUGUCUGUGCUUGUUACCGCCAUUUUUGCAUACAUGGGUUCUGAGUUGGUUGGUAUCACGUUCGCCGAGUGUGCAAGACCAAGACAGGCCAUUCCAAAGGCUAUCAAGUUGACCUUCUACCGUAUUUUGCUUUUCUACAUUUGUUCCGUGUUGUUCUUGGGUAUGUGUGUGUCUUCUGGAGACCAAGGUCUUUUGGGAGCCAAAGGUUCUACUGCUAAUGCCUCUCCAUUCGUCAUUGCUAUCAAGAACGCUAAGAUCAAGGGCUUAGAUCACGUCAUCAACGGCUGUAUCUUGCUUUUCGUCUUGUCUGCUGCCAACUCCGACUUGUACAUUUGCUCCAGAACCAUCUACGGUCUUGCUGUCGGUGGAUACGCACCUAAGAUCUUUGCUAAGACUAACAGAAACGGUGUGCCAUACUACGGUAUCCUCUUGGGAUCGCUUUUCUGUUGCUUGGCAUUCAUGACUACGUCGUCUUCUGCUUCCGAUAUUUUCACCUACUUCGUUAAUGUUGUGUCAUUGACCGGUUUGAUUACUUGGUCGUGCAUUCUUUUCCUCCACAUCAGAUUUAUGAGAGCAUUGAAGGUGCAAGGACUUGACAGAAAGAGAGACUUGGCCUACCGUUCGCCAUUCCAGCCAUUCGGAUCUUACGUGUCGUUUGCCAUUUGUAUUCUCCUCAUAUUGAUCAAGAACUUCACCGUUUUCUUGGGUAAGGAAUUCCCUUACAAGACUUUCAUCACUGGAUAUAUCAUCCUUCCAGUGUUCCUUUUGAUGUUCUUUGGAUACAAGUUCACAAAGAAGACCAGAAUGAUUCCAUCGCUGCAGGUGGACUUGAACACCUAUAGAGAUGUUGUUGAUGCUGAGGAGGAGAAGUUCCGUCUUCAGGAUGAGGAAGACAGAGCUAUUAGAGAAGCCCAGGGUAACCCCAAGGACUUCAAGUGGUUCUACGAGAAGUGUUUUGGCUGGAUUUUCUAG